GAGAUCUUGAAGCUCUCAAUUUCUUCUUCUUCUUCUUCUUCUUCCUUGUUGUUUCUCAGAUUCUUAGAUUUUUUUUUUCUUUGUUCUGUUUUCGGAUCUGUUGAAGGAAUUUGAUGCUUCCGUUGUUUGGAAUGGAAUAAUUUUGUUGUUUUCGCGAUGAAAUCUGGAUGGUUCUUCUUGUUGAAGAGUUAGGGCUUUUUUGUUCUUUUCUUGUUUAACUGGUUUUUGUUCUUUGUGAUAAUCUAUGGAAGGUGAUCGGCGGAGGAUUACGCUUUACGAUCAGAUGUUAGCGGUCGGCGAUGGCAGAGAGUUCGCCCGUGGUUUGACACUCAACGACGUUUUGACCAUUCAUAACAGAGCUUCGCCGAGCCCUUCGCCGAGCCCUUCGCCGGCUGUGAGACUAAGCGGCCGGACUUUGCUCGAUAUUAUAAGAGACGACGUUGGGAUAUCUCCUGUUGAUAACCGAGAGAGGAAAUCUUGGAAGUUUUUGAGAGAUCGCCUUCGUUUGAAUCUCAGAUCUCAAAUUCUGUCGCCGAAUUCGCUUCGUAUACCUAGUUUUUCGUCGGCGGAGAUGAUGCCAAACGAAGAAGAAUCGUCGGAAUCCACCACCACCACUGCUGCCGCCCCGUCUCUCCGGCAGAUUUCACGGCGGAGCUCGUCGCGGUUAAGCCUGAACGCGAGGCCAAAGUCCGAGGCUGCAAAUUCCGACGAUUCUCCAGAAAACAACAAUUCCUCCACCGCUUCCGGCUCCGGCAGUAGGCGGAGUCUCCAAAAGCCACAAAUGUCGCGGCACAGCUCGACGAGAUUCACCCUAGAACGGAGCGAGAGUUUCACGGACUUGUCUGAUCCAGCGCGUGACGGCCCGCGCCGUCUCUCGGCUGCGCUUGCAAUGGAGAGAUCGAUGUCAGCUAGAGAAACAGUGGUGGCUCAAGAAGCCGCCGACGCAGAAAGCACCGCCCACGAAGAAGAAGAACAAGAAGAAGAACAGGAACAACCAGAAGAACAAGAAUCCAGCGCGGCGGCGCCGGUGAGGAUGUCACUUAUGGAUCUGUUAGAGGAAACGGACAGGAAAAUGGGGUUGGAAGGGUCAAGAUACAGAAUAGAAGAGGAAGAGGAAGAAGAGGAAGAGGAAGAAGAAGAAAUUCAUCAUAAGGUCACAGCCAAACGCGGCGGAGGACACAGCUGGGGAGCAGAACGGCGUUGCUGCGUGUGCAUGGUGCGUUAUAAAGGGGCGGCAUUUAUCCCCUGUGGUCACACCUUUUGUAGGCUGUGUUCAAGAGAGCUUUGGGUGAGUAGAGGGAACUGUCCACUUUGCAAUGGCUUUAUUUUGGAGAUUCUUGACAUCUUCUGAUUUUCCCUCCAAA